AAUCUCUCUGCCCUGGGCCACCGCCACCCCUGUAAGCCCUUUCUAAAGUCUGGUCCAGGACGCAGCAAAGGACAAAGCAAACACGCUAAAUUUGUACCUGUAGACCCAAAGUACAGGUGCAAAUUUAUAGCACAUAUACUGUAAUACUUUUACCAGUAGUGCAGUUACUUUCCAUUUCAUUAAAGUGAAUUUCGCAGUAGCUUAUCUCAGACAAACAAACAGUAUUAAAAUCAUAUUUGGCCUGCAGUAAUAAAUAAUCCACGAGCAUGUUCCCUUAUCAGGUAACGGUGGCACUGAUUCAGCUGUGCCUUAAUUGUGUUUCCCUGGGGUACGUUAUAUUCAGCUCAAAUUAUUUAUUGCUAUUGGAGAACAAAUAGAGCACGGUUACAAAAAACAGCUCGGGUGAAUAUAUCUGUCUUGUGAAUAUUUAUAGUUUGUACAUGGAAGAAGGUCACCGCUUCAUUUUCUGCUCAACAUGAAUCCAUAUGGUCUCUGAGUGAUGUGCCAGCCUCGUUUUAGUCAGACGGUCCCUAACCGGAGGAGGCAGGCUGAGUAGCUGAUGCUGGAUCGCGGAGCGGCAGCAGCAGCUCAGUCAGUCCGUCGCUGCGGUCCAUCAGAGCGGAGCGGCUGGUCAUCAACAUCCUCCUCAACGUCCGCGGAGCUCAGCUGGCCGGAACGCUGCUCUGUGGUUCCGAGCCGUGCUGCCCUCGCAGCCGGUCACGACAGCGGCGCUGGAACCUUCGUGGACAUGAGGACAGCGUCUGAAAGGUGGACCGGGAAUCCCGCACGGCUUCGUUUUUCGCAGAGCGAACGAGAAAGACUCACCAUGACCCGUUCCUUCCCGACCAGUCGCUUCUUCACCGAGGCGCCUCGCUCCCCCUUUGCCUCCCGACGCCCCAAUGCAGGGAUGAGAUAAUAACGCCCAGCAGCCGACGCAUGCUGCUACACCACCACCUCUGUGGCACCUGGAAACCGACACCCACCCCCGUGCCCCGCCCCGCCCCUCCCCCGAGUUGACUCUUUAACCCGACUCAGAAACUAUGACGACGCCGGCUCUGCUGCCGCUGUCGGGCCGCAGGAUACCCACUCUGUCGCCGGGCGCCUCCUCCUUCACGCACCACAGAGCCACGUUGAGGCUGUCGGAGAAGUUCAUCCUCCUCCUCAUUCUCAGUGCCUUCAUCACCCUAUGCUUCGGGGCCUUCUUUUUCCUCCCGGACAACUCCAAGCACAAGCGCUUCGACCUGGGCUUGGAGGACGUGCUCAUCCCGCACAUCGACUCGCCCAAAGAGGGGAAGCACAGCUCAGGUCAGGUGAUAAUUCAUGGACAGGGAGGACAUGACGAGAACAGGCACAGGGAGGAGGAGGAGAGCCUACGCAACAAGAUUCGCGCCGACCACGAACGAGCGCUGCAGGAGGCGAAGGAGAAGCUGCGCAAAUCUCGCAAGGAGCUGAAGGCCGAGAUCCAGACGGAAAAGGCCAAAGUCAUCGAGGACCUGAAGAAGAAGGAGGUGGGGCCCAAACCCUUACCGCCCGUCCCCAUGCCCAAGGUCGUCGGGGUCAGCGACGGGGAGCCACCCGAGGUGGACGCCAAGGAAAAGCGGGAUAAGAUCAGAGAGAUGAUGAAGCACGCUUGGGACAGCUACAGACAAUACGGAUGGGGUCACAACGAGCUGAAGCCCCUCGCUAAGAAAGGACAUUCCACAAAUAUCUUCGGUAAUUCCCAGCUCGGGGCAACCAUCGUGGACGCCUUGGACACCCUGUACAUCAUGGGUCUACACGAAGAGUUCAAGGACGGCCAGGAGUGGAUCGAGCAGAAUCUGGACUUCAGUGUGAAUGCCGAGGUGUCGGUAUUCGAGGUCAACAUUCGGUUCAUCGGGGGACUCUUGGCAGCGUACUACCUCUCUGGACAGGAAGUGUUCAAAGUCAAGGCGGUCCAGCUGGCAGAGAAGCUCAUCCCUGCCUUCAACACCCCAACUGGGAUUCCCUGGGCCAUGGUCAACCUGAAGAGUGGCGUUGGUCGUAACUGGGGUUGGGCGUCGGCCGGCAGCAGCAUCCUGGCUGAGUUUGGGACCCUCCACAUGGAGUUUGUUCACCUCACCUACCUGACUGGGAAUCCGGUUUACUACCAAAAGGUGAUGCACAUCCGCAAGCUGCUAGCUAAGAUGGACCGACCCAACGGCCUCUACCCAAACUACUUAAAUCCUCGCACAGGCCGCUGGGGCCAACAUCACACCUCGCUCGGAGGACUGGGCGACAGCUUCUACGAGUACCUGCUGAAGGCGUGGCUCAUGUCCGACAAAACCGACACGGAAGCGCGCAAGACCUACGACGACGCCAUCGAGGCCAUCGAGCGCCACCUCAUCCGCAAAUCCAACGGCGGGCUCACGUUCAUCGGCGAGUGGAAGAACGGCCACCUGGAGAGGAAGAUGGGCCACCUGGCCUGCUUCGCCGGCGGCAUGUUCGCGCUGGGCGCCGACGGCUCGCCGGACGACAAGGCCGGCCACUACCUGCAGCUCGGCGCAGAGAUCGCCCACACCUGCCACGAGUCCUACGACAGGACAGUCCUGAAGCUGGGCCCAGAGGCAUUUAAGUUCGACAGCGGCCUGGAGGCGGUGGCCGUGCGGCAGAAUGAGAAGUACUACAUCCUGCGGCCGGAGGUCAUCGAGACCUACUGGUACAUGUGGAGGUUCACCCACGACCCCAAGUACAGGCAGUGGGGCUGGGAGGCGGCUCAGGCCAUUGAUAAGUACUGCCGCGUGAGUGGAGGCUUCUCCGGAGUGAAGGACGUCUACUCGUCCAACCCGACCUACGAUGACGUGCAGCAGAGCUUCUUCCUCGCCGAGACGCUCAAGUACCUGUACCUGUUGUUCUCCAGUGACGACCUGAUGCCGUUCGAGAGCUGGGUCUUUAACACCGAGGCCCACCCGCUGCCCGUCCUCCACCUGGGCAACAUCACCCUGCCUGGCAGCGAGCCCGCUCAGCGGUAGACGCACAGGCUUGCCUCCUCCUCCUUUUCCUCCUCCUCCACAGCACCAGGGGGCACCACCUUUCUGCUCAACCCAGCCCACCAACCCCCAUCCAACACUGGACAAACUUCCAUGGGAACUCUUCAUCUGCGUCCGGACUGCAGACAUGAGCCAGAGGAGACGGAGACCGACUCUCUGGAUCUCCCUCUCUUCUUCUUCUCCUCCUCCUCCUCCUAUUUCUGUGUCCUCCUCUCCGACUCUCACUAUAGAUCCAUGUGUUCGUUGCUUCAACCAGACAGACGGUGGGUGUGCUGCUCAGCCUUUUCUCGGCUCUGAAUCGAAGAGCUCCAAACGAGAAGCUUUGUUUUUGUUUUGUUUUUUUUAUUUGAUUUGACCAAACGUCCUCCAUUCUGACUCGAGCCGAGGCCCUAGAAGUGCAAACUGAAGGAUUAUGCUAACGGACACUUGAAGGGUUUGUUUCCCCUCCACGCUAACGGACCAGUGGACAUUUUACAGGGUCUGUUAACGAGAUGUUUUUGUUUUGAGGUUUUUUGCAUUAAUGGAGACACAGGGUUGUAUGAAAGCCCUCCACUUCUCUCCCCCAUGACCCGAACCCGUUUCCUGUUUGAUCAUCUGAUGGUCCAUGACCUCAAACUGUAAUCAAAUCACCUCUUUACAAGCAGGUGAGAACAGCAGUAACCACCUAAUAUAAAGCUGGGGGGUUUUUUUGGCUAUGGACCAUUUUGAGAGAAAGUAAUUAAAGAAGAACAGCAGCAGGCCUCCAUGUACCAGUCUUACCAGUUUCUAUCCCAUCCUAAAACCAUCCUGCUGCUGCCGCUGCUACUUCACCGGAUGCUGCUCUUCUUUCCGUUUUCCACAGGUUCCCCCAUCAUCGUCCCGUCACUUUUUUUUUUUCCUUCCGUCCUCUCUCAGAUUUUCUCGUUUCCUCAGUUUUCGGUGACACCUCGCUUCUUGGUAUACGUGUUUGUGUCGGUGGCUCCGCUUUAAAUCAUUUGUUUGUGCACUUUGUUACGGGAAAACUCUAAGGACAAAAGAGUAGAGUGGUGUAGCACUGAAAGAGGUGAAUAAAUGAUUACAAUACUCCUCGGUGCAGAGCUUUCAUCUACCAUUUUCUAUGUCUGUCCACUAUCCAUCAGUCAUGCUGUUGCUGUUUCCAUCUUUAUGUGAAAACAAUCCAAGUUUCUUGAUUUGAUUUUAACCUCAACCUCUUCAAAUCCUCGUGAUGUCAAAUUAUUCAACCUUCAGUUGCUUUUAACAAAUGCUAAGCUGCAUAAAACGUUUUGACAUAGUACAAAAUUAUAGUUAAUGUCUCCAGAAAAGUUGCAAUAUUUUCUCUUUAAGGCUAUCGGCAUGCCAUUUAAAAUGCUAAAAGCCCUAUGCUGUUUUUACAAUUUCUCCUUUGCUUUUAGCUCAUGAUGUUCAUAUUCAUUUCCAUGUUCAAAAUUAAGAAAUAUUUUUGAAAAGUUGUUGCGUACACAGCAACAAACUCUCAAUAGUCACCCAUUGAAAGCAGUGAUUGCUACAGCUACAGCUGAAACGUGAGCUCAUCAGGCGGAGAUUUAGGUGCUGAUUUAUUUACUAAGAAAGGGAAAGUAAGGAGGAAUGUUCUUUGAGAGCAGUAGAUUGGAGAUCUAGUAGACUGGCACCCGACUCAGGGAUUUCAAAGCACUUUGUGGUGAGCCCGGCCUGAGAAAGUGACAAAAACCGUAAUAAAAAAAUACUGAACUUCUGGCAGCGUUCAAGAAAAGUUGGGCCCUGCCCACAUAGAGAAGAUUUUAGUUGUAUCCGCAAUGAUUCUUUGGAUGUUUAGACUGUCAGUUUCUGGCCUCCCAAAAUGCCGGAUCCGUGUGGACGAUCAUUUUUGAAACCAGGUUCCAGAGUCCAUUUCAGUGUUUCCGUCUGACCGGGCCACCUACAUUAGUUUUGAAGCUAUGACGGCGUAGCUCCAUUUUUCUCUCUAUCCAGCACGCGCCUCAUUUCCACAAAUAACAAAUAUGGCGUCAUUCUUUGUUUUUCGCAUCGUUCUGUAGUGGUGUUACAGCGCCACCAUCGGGCUCGUCAUACAGACUACAGCAUUUUCAGUGGUGCUGCUGACGCACAUCGUUUUUCUUAACCGUUUACAAAAAUUGAACGCUUUCGUUUCUGUUUGGACGAAGCCAAAAUUUCUACCGCAGUUCAGACGAGCUUUGUUACCAUGGCAAACACAGGGGUGUUGAAGGACUUUUCUCCAAAGUAGUGCAUCACCAGAACACCAAUGUUUCUACUUGUAAGGGUUAAACUGAACAGCAGUGUAGCUGUCAGCAUUUUUCAUUAGUCCCUGUCAGUCUUGUAAACUUUGUCUACAGUUAAUUAUUUUAUUUUUUCAACAUGUCACCUAAUUCUGAAAGUCAGAAUCGAUUCAGAUUUAUGAUCCAUUGUUUGGCUCAGACACUACGUGGAGAUUUAAGAAUAUUAUAUGAAUAGAUUUAUUGAUAUAACUCGGUACUAUCAAAGUAAAUCAGAUGUUUUCUACAUAAAAAGUGGCAAACACCAAUAAACAACAAAAUUUCUAGCCUGAGAACUUUAUGCUCACAAACAACACUUAGCUUUCUACACUAGCUACUUUUUUUUUCUUCUUCUUUGGUCCGAAUUGUCUCCCCGUCCUCCCGGCUCUGGGCUGAAGCCAAGAUAUUAAGUGUGUCAAAGUGGUUUGAUAAAGAGAGAUCUUUCAGGAAAGCAAGAGCGCUCACUCCAUCUUUUUUUCCUGCACUGCCACAUAUUCACCUUAAAAAAAGCCUUUGUCAGUUUUUUGUUUACAACAAGCUCUUUGGUUCCAUGUGACACAUCAUCCAGAUAUGGUCGCUCCUCCCCAUUUGAAGUGCUUUAGUACGUAUUAAAAUUACUUCUCUGCUCUAAAAAACUAUUUUAAAAAGUACUGAUUAUGAUUUAAGUUUUACACUUUGAGAAGUUUUAGAGGAUUUUUUAGCUCUGAUAUUUGCCGCUUUUCCAUCCGUACCUCACACUGAGAGCUCAGUUCUUCCUCAUGUCGUCCUUCCAGAGUGUUUUACCGCUGACACAACACUCAACUCUGAACCCGUUUCUCAUAAAUCCCGUCCCGAGCGUUUUAACAUUCGACGUGGCCGGCGCUUGAACCCGCCUCGUUAAACUGACCCGAAACCGACAGAGGCGAGGAAACGAACACGCAGUCGCAUGGAAAUAAAAAGAAACCCGGACUCGAGCCAGUUGGUGUAAAACGAUGCGAGAGGGCGAAUAAAACUGAACGAUAUCCGCCAAAAAUGACCCGUGGUGAACCGACCACAGGGGGAAGCGGUUCGGACGCCAGGCAGGAAUAAAUAAACAAAACAGAAACGGGGGAACUCUCCUGUCAACAUGUGUUGCAUAAUCAAAUCAUUUCACUUCCGUUCAUUAUUAUUAAAAUGUUUCCAUUUGAUUAGAGCUAAAAAUAUAUAUAUAUAUUUUUCCCAUUUCAAAAACUUUCAGCACAGAAAACGCGUUUAGCUGAACAAUGCUAAAUAAUGUUUACUUCAGUACGGCAGGACCAGAGCAACUUCAUUCCUGCAGCGGCAACGCAAAAAAAAAAGUGUAUAUAUAUAUAUAUAUAUGUACUCAGCACCGCUAAAUAACAGUGCCAUUAAAGGUUUCUGUAUCAGUAAACAGUCUACCUGAUAUUUAUGUGACUAAAAUGCACAUAAGUAUCAGCUGGGAUUUUUAUUGCCGUUAUCAUUAUUACUGUUUCGCUCCUUGGUGACGUCAGAGCCGGUCACCCGGGCUUCCCAGCUGCACCUGGUGGUGGUGGCACCGACGUGAAAACCUCAGGAGGUUCACGCGCGGUUUCCGUCGCGGUGACGGAGCGUUUCGUUUCAACACCUGGUUCGAUCUGAUCCUGACCUUUGAACCACUUUUAAAUUCAGAUGUGAAACCAGGCCAGCACACCGUCUUCAUCCUGUUUCAGCCUCAGUGUUCAUGAUGUCAGUCGGUGCCUGCCUAAAGUGUCGAUGCCCCCCUUGAACAUUUUUACAUUUUCUCUUUUAUGUGAACUUUAAUGACUUUUUUUUAGCGUGUAAUUGUGAGGUGGAAGGAAAAUGCUACUCUGUUCAGUUUGGUGUUUUGAGGUGUGUCGCUAUCAGCUUUAGCCAUUUGCUCUUAAGCUCGGUCAGAUUCUGUUAUAAUGUCCAUAGAGAUUGUUUAGGAUCAUAAAUGUGACUGAAAAGCUUAUAUAAAAUACAUAAAGCGAAAACUUGUCUAAAUAAUAAGACUUCUAACAGAUUUUUCACUUUAUUUAAAACACUCUAUACAUAUUAAUUCUUUGUUCCAUAUCAAAUUAAUAUCUGACUGUAUAGAGGUCUAUAAAUAAAACGCAUAUAAAAACACAUAUAAAACCAACACUAAACCUUAGUGACACUAAAUAAAGCUAUCAGAAUUUUAUAUAAGAUAAAUCUUAUAGAACAUACUAACAAUAAUCUAUUCUUUCAAAUAUCUUCAAACUAAUGGAUUUGGUUUAUUUAAAAAUGGGACUAGUUGUGUUUAAAGCUAGAAAGAGAUCAUUGCCAAUUAAUUUCCAAAAAGUUAGUUGUCUUAAAUGGAAAUAACAGAACGAAACUGUUUAAAACAAACUGUUUGGAUGAGGAGAUGAAAAGUGAUUUACUAUAAAUCCAUUCAAAACAGUUACUAAGGAAAAAUGGUUUAGUCUUGUACACUUCUGAUUUAAUAAUGAGAACCAUACAUUGGUUUCAACUGAUGUUGUUGAUUUAUUGUAUACGGCCCUGAAAAUUAAUUUUGUCAUUAUUGAGAAAGAGGCGGGUUUAUCCUGCUUCCUUUUUAGUGUUUUCAGUUUUCAAUUAAGAUUCUUGAUUACAUUAUAUGUGACUAAGUCAUCACUGCAAAAAUACAAAGUCUUACCAAAUAUUUUUACUCCAGUUUGCAGUGCUAACAUCAUAGUACAACUGAAAUACGACAAAACUAACUCACAAGCAACUUUUCAGCAAGAUAUAGGAGCUUGUUUUAAGUCAAUAAUUACUUGACAUUAAGUUUUUGUUAAGUACUAGUUUCACUGGCAGAUUAUCUCACGUAACACAUGGAAAAAAUUUCUUUAAAAAAUCUGCCAGUACUUUUUUUUAAAAUAUCAGUGUUAUGUAAUUACUGACUUAAAAUGCCGGGUUGGACUAAAUCCUGGAGCGGAGUCCUGGAGCAGAGCGCUUCUAUCUGAGGUUUUAGCUACAUAACGAUGGAAUCCGAUUUAUUUCUUGGCCUGAUGUCUCAUCGGACCAGUUUCUGAUGUCCGUAUCGGACCAGGAUAACCCUAAUACUCCACAUAAAUAUCAGAUGGACUGAUACGGAGACCUUUAAAGACACUGUUAUUUAGCGGCGCUGAGUACACAUACACUCUUUUUGGGGGUGGAAACAUGUUUAGAACCCAGCAUAACAUAACUUUCCCUUUGCACUUACCAGAAGAUACUGCAGUAAAACUCUUUUUGAAGUUUGUGGCAACGUGUGAAAAAGUUCUGGGGGUGUGAAUCCGUUUUUUUUUAAGGCACUGUAAGUAUUUUCAUCAAGCCGGACCCGUUCUGCUCUGCUCUGCUCUCUCUCUCUCUCUUUGUGUCGUUUUUCCUUCUGAUCGGUUCAGGUAAACCCGGCCCAGAUUUCAACUCUAAAUUGGCGUUCUUCUUUGUGGAUAACCAGGAACAGAAAUUGAGAAUUUUUUUUUCCUUUUUCAAGAAAAUAGGCGGCAGCGCAGCCAGACGUGGUUACAUUAUGUACACAAGUUAGCAGCUGCACCGUAAAAGCUGAGGAUUUCCUCUGAAGGUUUAAUUGAGGCGUUGAAACCACCAUUCUUCUCUUCCCCCACUCGUCUCUUCCUUCUCUUUUUCAUGUGUGCUCAUGGUUAAACCCGUCGAUAGAGUUGAAUUCAUUUCAUUUCACCCAUCGGUCACUUCACUGAUGCAGCGCAGACUUUGCUCUCUCCUCCCCCUAAACGCCACAUCAUCACCACCGAGUCCAUGCUGAGGAGGAAACCAUCAGGUCGCUGCAGCGGCGACGUUGAUUUUGACAAAACUGAGUGUUCUGUAUUUGUAUUUUUACUGAGCUACAAAGUAAGAUUAAAGUAUCUGUAAAUAUGUUUAAAACUGAGACACAUCCAAUAAAGAUGUUAUGAAAAGUGA